UUCUGUCUGUUCGCCUUUUUCUUUCUUUUUUUUCCCCUUCCCUUGCAAACUACUCCACCACCAUUCACCAAUCCUUUCCCCUUCCCCCUUCCUUCCAAUACAUACAUUUACUCACCCAACCCAACUGCUCUCUCUCACUAUCAUCUAACCGCAACCUCUGUACUAUUUCUCUCCAAAUUCCCUCUCAGAUUUCUCACUUCUCUCUCACAGAUUCAUGCUUCCAAACCAUCCCACUCCACUUCCCCUCUAUCACCAUCCCCCCUCUUGAUCCAAUCAAUCAAUCUACAUCUUUCCCAAUGGUGGAAACCUCGACGUCAACGUGGCGGUUCCACCACCACCGCCUCGACCUCAGGCGCUGGAUUCCGACCUUCUUCUCCUCCCACAAGACGCUCUUUGCCGUCCUCUGGAUCGUGGCCUUCGCCUCCGUCUUCGUCUGGCAGCGCAACAUCGUCGACGGCUUCUUGAUUUUCCGGCGGCAGCCGCCGGUCCGGGCGGUUCCCAGGCUCCGGCCGGUGGCCUUCAACUUGACAGACUUCGGCGGGGUCGGCGACGGCGUCACGAUCAAUACCCAGGCCUUUGAGAGGGCCGUCUCUGCCAUUUCCAAGCUGGGCAAGAGGGGUGGCGCUCAGCUCAAUGUCCCCGCCGGCACCUGGCUAACGGCGCCGUUUAAUCUCACUAGCCACAUGACUCUUUUUCUAGCUCAAGACGCCGUUAUACUUGGACUCGAUGAUGAGAAGUAUUGGCCUCUCAUGCCUCCAUUGCCUUCAUAUGGGAAAGGGAGAGAACAUCCUGGACCUCGAUAUGGGAGUUUGAUUCAUGGCCAAAACCUAAAAGAUGUAGUAAUUACAGGGCAUAAUGGCACCAUCAAUGGACAGGGACAAACAUGGUGGAAGAAGUAUCGGCAGAAGCUCCUUAACCACACGAGGGGUCCACUGGUCCAGAUUAUGUGGUCAAGCAACAUCGUGAUUUCUAACAUAACUUUACGUGAUUCUCCUUUUUGGACACUACAUCCAUAUGACUGCAAGAAUGUGACGGUUAAAAAUGUCACAAUUUUGGCUCCCAUCUUUGAAGCUCCUAACACAGAUGGAAUAGAUCCUGAUUCAUGUGAAGAUAUGGUAAUUGAGGACUGCUACAUAAGCGUGGGGGAUGAUGGCAUUGCUAUAAAGAGUGGAUGGGAUCAGUAUGGUAUUGCUUAUGGGCGCCCUUCAACAAAUAUCUUCAUCCGAAACCUGGUUGUCCGAUCUAUGGUCAGUGCUGGCGUAUCAAUAGGCAGUGAGAUGUCCGGUGGAGUCUCAAAUGUGACGGUGGAGAACCUUCAUGUUUGGGACUCUAGGCGUGCUGUCCGGAUCAAGACCAGCCCCGGAAGGGGCGGCUAUGUUCGAAAUGUUAUUUACAGGAAUCUAACAUUUGACAAUGUGCGGGUGGGGAUUGUAAUCAAGACGGACUACAACGAACAUCCUGACGAAGGGUUUGAUCCUAAAGCCGUCCCAGUGCUUGAGGACAUAAGCUACACGAUGAUUCACGGGGAGGGAGUUCGGGUUCCUGUUCGCAUCCAUGGGAGUGAAGAGAUUCCAGUAAGAAAUGUUAGUUUUCGUGAUAUGUCGGUAGGGAUAACAUACAAGAAGAAACAUAUAUUCCAGUGUGCCUUUGUUGAGGGUCGUGUAAUAGGGACGAUCUUCCCAGCCCCAUGCGAGAACCUUGAUCUCUAUGAUGAGCAAGAACGCCUUGUGAAGCAAUCUGUCUCCCAAAACAUGACAGACAUAGAUUACGAUUUUUGAGAUCAUCAUGGCAGUUUUCAUGCUUUCAUGGGGGGAUGGGUAUAAUUAUCCAGUGGCCAAUCUUCUUGUAUCAUGUAGUAGUUUCGGCUGGGGGAUCAAUUGAUCGCUAGUUUCCUACUGUGGAUAUUAUUUCACUUUUCCCCCACUAUUUUCUUUCGAUUUUUUAA